ACCUUGUGGUGUCGGCGUGAUGGGAAGGGUUAGACUUUACGAGGAAAUGCUGAGAUUUGAUUUGGAAAGGUCCUCACAGACCGACGCAACAUAAAGUUGGCCGUCAGACAUAAACUAACGCUAGGCUACGCGUAACGAAAGUUAGAAUCUAGUUUGAGUUCGAUUUUUUGCCAUGUGGGAAUGGGAAUACUUUUAUCCGAUGGUAGAGGUGUCUAUUCCGUCUUUGAAGAGAGAAAUGGACAUGUCCGGAAAAGAAAGAAAACUUUACAGAGUUGAAGUCUUAUUCAAUGGAAGGAAACAUUAUGUUCUUCGGCGCCACGGUGAUUUCCAGAACCUCCACAGAAAGCUCAAGAAAAUUCUGAUGAUUCCUGAGUUUCCAAGCAAAAGGAAUCCUCACCUCAGAACCAAGCCCUUGGAUCAAAGGAGACAGGAGCUAGAAAUUUACAUACAGAUCUUACAACAAAAUGAAGCUGUUCCCCAAGAACUUUUGGAUUUCCUUCAGAUCAAGCAUUUCCACUUGAUGAACAAAGCUGACAGCACUGACUGUCAACUGAUUCAACAUUGUGUGGUGACAUUUGCCAAAGAUCCCUUUUUUCUGGAUGCAUGCCAAGGUCUGCCUGAUGUGGUGGUGGAUGGUGUCCUUCAGGGUUUGUACCCAAAGGACAACAGAGUCAUUAUUGGAGCAGACACUACUUGUGACAGUUCGGCUCAGGAAGAUCCUGUUCCUCUAUCUCUCAUCCCAUCCAUCACUUGAGAGAGGAGCACCUCUUGAUAUUCAGAAAUAUUCUAGGGCAUAAUAGGGCUUCUGUUGUAAUGGUUGGUAAAAUUGAAAGGUAGAUCUCAAUUAGUUCAAGUCAUUCCAGUUCUGUUUGCAGCAGUGUUUGGAACCCUUUCACAUGAGUGAGCCCAGUAAAUAAGUGAUAAAUGAUAUACAGUUUCUUAAAAUGUGGGGGCCAUCAAGGUGCUGUUGGUGGGCUAUGAGAGGUCAAUUACAUGUAACUUUUUUUAUUUUCAAUUAUGAAAUUUGACUUGUGAGUUAUAUUUUGUGCUAUUAAACACCUCAAAUAUCUUAUGCACAUAA